AUGCUAGAAGAAGAAAGUGAAACACUAUGUUCUAUAAGUUUAACAGAUGAAGUAGAACUAUCUUUUGAUGGUAAAUGGUUAAGAAAGUAUUUUAAGUUGCCACUGAAGAUGGGAAUUAAGGAAAUUGUAGCAAGAAAACCUUGCGACCCUGUCACUUAUCUUGGAUUUUGGUUAUUGAAUUAUAGAAGAUGUCAAGAGCGUAGGCAGUGGCAAUUGGAGAAGGAUAACGAGUUAAACUAUCUCCGGUCUAUGAUCGAAGAACCAGUAUCUAAAGAAGAGGAAUUUUCGGUAUCCAUCAGAGAAGAAGAAGAAGAAGAAGAAGGAAUGCGUGACUGGAAUUUUAAACGUUACGAGACUAUGCAUGAAUAG